AUGAGCAAGGAACGGAUGACAAGGGAUAAAGGAACAACCCCUGAAUAUUCAAUUGGGGAAAAACUGGAUCCCAAACAACUGGGCCCCUUUGAGGUAUUAGAGAAGGUGUCCAGCCAUGCGUACCGCCUCAAACUGCCAGAAACUCUCAAGAUCCACGACGUAUUCUAUGUGGGAUUGUUAUCCAGGGCACAUAUAUCUCCAAGUCAACCAUUCCUGGAAAGGCCCCCUCCUGAAACACAACAACGGGGAAAGUGGUUUUACCUAAUCAAAUGGAAAGGCUAUGGUCCGGAAGACAAUUCCUGGGAACCAGAAGAGCUCCUAGAUCACAGUCAGGAGGAGAUCCAACGCUUCAACAAGUCACGACUGAAAAAGGCUUGUGACUCCGCCAAGAGCCUUUAA